AUGGAUUUUGAUUUAAAUAAUAAUGAUCAGUUUAAUACUAAAUCAACUGAUCUUAGUUUAAUGGCACAUGGUAUUCGAAAUAUCGAUGAAAUACCUUUACAUAAAAAUUUACUUUCAAUUAAUUUACAUUCAAAUGAAAUUGAACGAAUAAAUGGUUUAACUGGAUUAAAUUAUUUAACACAUCUUGAUUUAUCAUCAAAUAAUAUAACACGUAUACAAGGUCUUGAAGGUCUUGUUUCAUUAGAUACAUUAAAUUUAGCAUCAAAUAAAAUUGUUAUUGUUGAAGGUUUAUUUGCAUUAAAAAAAUUAUCAUGGCUUAAUUUAUCAUAUAAUAAAAUUGAAUAUUUACAAGGUUUUCAAGAUCUUUGGGGAGCUGAAUAUAAUUUAGCUAUUAUACAAAUGCAUGGAAAUCAAAUUAAUUCUUUGGAUGAUGUUAUUAAAAAUAUGAAUGGUCUUUCUCGAUUACAACAUCUUACUUUACGAGAAAAUCCAAUAGCAAAAAAAGAUGCUUAUCGAGUUACAUUAUUUAAUCGUCUUCGAACAUUAAUUAGUCUUGAUGGAAUGGAUAAACAUGGCAAAAAAGAUAUGAAUAGUCAAGGUCUUACAGGAAUUGAACAGUAUGUUGGUUUAACAAAUGAAACAAGAGAACAAUUACAUGAUGUAACAAAUUCAAUAUCACAACAAUAUCCAAAAAUAGCUGCAGCACUUAAUGCUCUUCGACAUAAUCCAAAACCUAUGGAAUCAAGUACAACAACAAGUGCUGAUAUUCAUAAUGGAUCUCUUUCGGCAGUGGAAAGUGAUUGUAUUCCUCGUAGUAGAAAAAUUGACUCGAAAUCUGCAACUCGACGUCCGUUAACUCAUGAUAAACGUUCAGUUCGAUCACCAUCUACAGAUAAUGAAUCGGAUUCAAUGCCAACAAAAACUUCUCGUUUAAAACCACGAUCAACAAUUACUAAUACUAUCAUACAAUCUACACCUCGACAACAACCAACAACAACUAAAAAAAUGUGUACUAAAAAUCCAAUAUCAUUAAAUAAUACUUCUCCACCUGUAAUAAUUGAUACAAAAUCUCAUAGUAUGAUUGAUGAAAAUACACGUCCAUUUACAAUAAAUACUCAUCAACAUUUAUAUAAUACAACACGUGAACGUGAUUGUGAUGAAUAUCAUUAUCGAUCAAGUCGAGAUAAUGAUAAUGAUGAUAUUAAUGAAAUAUAUACAUCAACUUUACGUGAAUUAGAUAAUGAACGUGAUAAACGUUGGCGUGCUGAACAAGAAAUAAAACAUUUAAAUGAUAUUAUUAAUGAAUUUAAAAAACGAGCAAAUGAUGGUCGAACAAAUGAAACUAUUUUACAUGAAUUAACAGAAAAACAUAAACAAAGAUUAGCUGAUGAAAAAUCAAAAUUUCAAGAUUUAACUGCAAUUCUCGAUGAUUAUAAAGCACGUCUUCGAAGUACAGAAGAUCAAUUAUCAUCAUAUAAAAAAGCUCAAGAAACAAAUUUACAAUUAAUUAAAACUCUUGAAAGUAGUUUAAGUAAAUUAGAAAGUGAAAAAAAUGAACUUCGUAUAACUGAAAAUGAAAAAAUACGAAAUUGGGAACGUCGUAGUAAUUCAUUACAACAUGAAAAUGAAAUUUUACAACAAGAAUUAAAAACAAUUAAACAACAAUUACAUGAAUGUCAACAACUUUAUACAACCAGAGAUAUUAAACAUAAACAAGAACUUGAAAAAUGUCGAAUUGAUUUACAAGCAACUGAAGUACAACAAUAUCUUAAACAAGAAAUUCAACGAAAAGAAGAUAUUCAUAGAACUGAAUUAACACAUCAACAAGAAAAAUUACAAUCAUUAGCAAUUGAAUAUAAAAAACUUGAAGAUGAAUUUCGUGAUGCAUUAAAAAUUGAAGAACGUCGAUAUCAAGAAUUAUUAAAAACUAAUGAAAUUAUUCAAAAAGAAAAUGAACUUCUUCAAUCAUCUUCAACAAAUAUAAAACAACGUGAAGAAUCUGAUCGAAAAAUGGUUAAUGAUUUAAUGGUGUUAGUUCGUGAACAAAAACAACGUUUACAAGAACGAGCAAAAGCAAAUGAUAAUUUAACACAACAAAAUAAACAUUUAACAACAAAAUUAGAACGUACAAUAGAUGAAUUAAAAAAAAUUCGUGAACAAAUUUUAUUAUUACAAAAAGAACGUCGUGAAUUAGAUGCACGUCUUGUUGCUCAAGAAUCAGUUUUAUCAGGUUUAAGAGAAGAAAAAAAAUUAUGGAGUCAUGAAUUAGCACAUCAAGGUGCUUCAUUAGCUCAAGAUCGUGGUCGUUUAGAAUCAACUAUACAAACUUUAACUAGUGAAGUGAAUACAUUAAAAAAACAAUUAGAUAAAGAAGUUGAUACAUGUCGUAUCAAACAAACGAUUAUUGCAAGUCAAUUGGACACAAUUCAAAAACUCAAAGAUGGUGUUGUUGAACGUGAUGAAACAAUAAAAAAAGCUCGUGAAGAUUUAAUAAAUCGUCUAAAAGAACUUGAACAACAAUUACAAGAUGAACAAUUAGUUUAUCAAGAAUUACAAGAAAAAUAUGAAAAAGUUUGUGAAAAACGAGAUUCAAUGAAAAAUGAAAUGCAUCAAUUACAACAACAACUUGAAAAAACUAAAGCUGAUUACAAUGCUUUAAGUCGUAAAUGGAAAGAAAAAUCUGAUUUAAUAAGUGAACUUGAUAAUAAAAUUCGUCGUGCAUCAGAAACAUAUCAAACAAAUGAAAAGAAACUUUCUGAUGAAAAUAAUCGUUUAAUUGAAAUUCACAAACAAUCAGAAGAAAAACUUCGUCAACGUGAUGAUGAUUUUCGUCGACAAUUUGAAACAAUUGAACAUGGUCAUCGACAAACAUUAAAUCAAAUACAAAAAAAUUAUGAAGAAAAACUUCAACAAGCUCAAAUUCGUAUAAAUGAAGUCGAAGAUGAAAUGAGAAUUUUAUUACAUGAUACAAAUCAACGUAAAAAAAAAUGGGAAGAACGUAUUAAACAUUUUAGUAGUUUUAUGACUGAUUUACAAGAUCCGAUUUAA